UGUCGGUGCGCGAGUAAAUACCGCAUCUAAUAUUUGAAUAAAUUCUUAAAAAGAUGAAAGAAAUAAAAAAAGAAAUUUACCAGUGUAGUAUAUAAUGUGUAGAGUAGUGUAUAUAUAAGAUUAACGCAUUUUUAAUGAUUUAUUUCAAAUAUAAAAUCAUUUAUGUUUGUUUAUACACAACAACACAUUUCUCUUUAAUUAAAAUGAAUAAUUCCAAUGAAUGAAAAUAAACUUUAUUAAUUUUACAAUAUAAAUUAUUGAUUUAUUCUUUAUUGUUUCUUAAACAAACUAAUAAAAAAAUAUAUAACGUACGUAAGAACAAAAAAUAAAAAAAAAAUAAUAUAUCUACUUGCAACCUUGAACUAUUGCAAUAUACACAUCACACACUACAAGUACUGCGAUAAUGGAAAAUUUGGAAACAUACAUUUUAACCACUACCCCACACUUUUUGCGUAAAGCAAUUGGUGAGGCCAGGAGAUCAUUUAUACGCUCAGACUCAGAUCAAAAAAACAACAGUGCCGCCGCUGAAAUAACACAUUUCGAUGAUAGUAUGGAGCUGGCAUAUAGUUUAACUUUAAAUGAAGAUGCCCUUAAGCAGUUACCCGAGCCAAAACGUUCUGUUUUCAUAUUCGAAUGGUUGGGUUAUUUGGAGAAGACCUUACUUGUUAUCGAUCGCAAUGAGAUAAAGAAUCAUCAAAAGAAACUAGUGCAGCAGUUGACAGCACAAAUAAAUGGCUCUCCCGGACCGCCAACACGAAAAUUAUUGGCCAGUUGUUUGGCCACAUUGUUUUCGGUGGGCGAUACUUUCAUGUUAUUUGACACGGCCAAUGUGUGUAAUGAUAUUUUGAAAAAUAAAGAUGAUUCACCCAGUUAUUUGCCGACCAAGUUGGCUGCUAUUUGCGUUCUGGGUUCUAUGUAUGAAAAACUGGGACGUAUGAUGGGCCGUUCCUAUGAGGAGACUGUGAAUUUGCUUUUAAGAACUUUGCGUAAUGCCGAAUCCCAGGCUCGCAUUGAAAUUAUGAUUACUUUGGAAAAGGUUUGUGCUGGCAUGGGUACAGCUAUAGCUAAUGUCCACAAAGAUAUUUACAAGGCCACUAAACAUGGCUUAACUGAUCGUGUUAUGGCCGUAAGAGUAGCAGCUGCUAAAUGUAUUCUAGAAAUGAUACAACAUGCUCCAUUUCUUUAUCAAACUGAACUAGAAAGUUUGCCGGCUUUGUGUUUUCGUGCUUUUGAUGGCAGUAGCUAUGAAGUGCGUUGUUCCGUGGCAAAAUUACUAGGCACUUUAUUGGCGUUUACCCAACAACAACAGAAUGAGGCAAACAAUAAGAAGUUGUCGGUGCAGCCAACACAAUCAAAAUCUACCGCUAGACAGGUUUCUUUAGACGAAACCCUGAGCAUACUUAUGUCAGGUUUUCUACGAGGUGGCGGUUCAUUUCUCAAAGGUACUGGAGAAAUCAUUAAAGGCAGUUCUAGUGUAAAUCGCGAGAUCCGUGUAGGUGUAACACACGCUUAUGUGGUGUUUGUGGAUUACAUGGGCAGUGUAUGGUUAGAGCGUAAUCUGUCUACCUUCCUUUCUCAUGUAUUGGAUCUAGUGGCCAAUCCCAAAGCGGCCUCAUCACAUGUUGAUGCCGUCUAUUCUCGCAAGUGUAUAAAUUUUAUACUUAGAUCCGUGCUGGGCAAAAUGCUGGGUGAAAAGGCCCAAACCUCAGCCUGUAAGGAACUGGUCUAUAUGAUUGCCAAGCAAAUGAAUUCAAUAGAUUUUAAUCCGGAAAAUGCCAAGGAUUCGAAUCAAGAAACUCUUUUCAGUCAACACUUUUUAGUAUGUGCACUACAGGAAUUGGGCUCUUUAGUAUUGGGUUUAGGUACAACAGCUCAAAAUCUUUUGGCUGACCAAACACUGAAUGCUAUAGAUACCACUUGCGCUGUAUUGGUACAUCCAAGUGCAGCAGCAAGAUUGGCCGCUGCAUGGUGUUUACGCUGCUUUUGUGUGGCUGUGCCAAGCCUAAUAACGCCUCUAAUCGAUCGUUUUGUUGAGGCUCUAGAGCAAAUGCGCUCAUCUCCGGAAGCCGUAUCGGGUUACAGUUGCGCUUUAGCGGCUAUUUUGGGAAGUGUACGUUACUCUCCUUUAGGUAUACCACAUACCAAAGGUAAAGUUGUAUUCAAUGCAGCAGAAGAAUUACUACGUUCAGCUUCUCAAAACAGUCGCAUGUCGUUAAAUCGUACCCAAGCCGGUUGGCUGCUGAUUGGAUCGAUAAUGACUCUGGGUUCACCGGUAGUAAAGGGUUUGUUACCAAGAUUACUGCUAUUAUGGCGUCAUUCCUUCCCUCGCUCCAACAAAGAAUUGGAAUCGGAAAAAGCUCGUGGAGAUUCAUUUACCUGGCAGGUUACGCUUGAGGGACGUGCUGGGGCUUUAUCGGUAAUGCAAAGUUUUUUGGUAAACUGUCCCGAACUUGUAACGGAAGAUAUUACAAAACGUCUUUUAACACCUAUUGAAAGUGCUUUGGCUAUGUUGGUAAACUUAUCUUCUGUUUUGAAAAGCUAUGGUACACAAUUAAAAGCACCCGCCGCCAUGGUACGCCUACGUCUUUAUGAAACUCUAUCUCAACUACCAUCUAAUGCUUUAGAAGCUUCUUAUACUCAUCUCUUGCGUAUGCUUAUAUCUGAAUUUACUUUGGCUGAAAAUCCAGCAAACACCACAAACUCUUUGCUUCGAAGCCUUUGCCAUGCUGAUGACUCUGUUAUAUUGGGAACCUGGUUGCAAGAAACCGAUCAUCGCAUUAUAGAAGAUCAGAUGGAACCAAAUCGUAGAUGGGAUGGUGAUCACCUUCAACCAAAUAGUGCCGCCGGCUCAGGUGCUUUAGAACAUGAUCCCUGUUGUUUAUACAGAAUUUCGGGAAAUUCAUCGAAUGCCACUGUUAAUGGAGCCUACGGUUAUAAGGCCGAUCAAUGUCCUGGACCUUUACCACUUGGUGUGGCCAUCAUAGAUAUGUCAAUAACAUUGUUUGGUGUUAUAUUCCCCAAAGUGGCCAAUAAACAUCGUUUACAAAUGUUAGACCAUUUUGGUGAAUGUAUAAGACAGGCCAAGAGCAGUCGCCAAGAAGCAGUGCAAAUGAAUGUGUAUACAGCUUUGCUUUGUGGCUUGAAGGUGCUAACGGAUAAUAAGGCUGGUAUUGGCCAAGAAGAUGUACGCAAAAGUUUUACCAAUCUAGUGACUACUGGUCUAACUAGCUCGAAUUCUAUGCUGAGAUGUGCUUCGGCUGAGGCAUUGGGUCGUUUAGCUCAAGUUGUGGGUGAAUCGAGGUUUACUGCUGAAUUGGCUCAAAAUUCGUUUGAUAAAUUAAAGUCUGCUCGAGAUGUGGUAACACGUACUGGACACUCUUUAUCGUUGGGCUGUUUACAUCGCUAUGUUGGUGGUAUGGGCUCGUCUCAGCAUUUAAAUACUAGUGUUUCCAUACUAUUGGCUUUGGCACAAGACAUUUCUUCGCCUGUUGUACAGCUGUGGGCCUUACAUGCUUUGGCUUUAAUUGCUGAUUCCGGAGGACCUAUGUUCCGCAGUUAUGUCGAGGCUACUUUGACAUUGUGUUUAAAACUUUUAUUAAAUGUUCCACAAUCAUAUGUGGAUGUCCAUCAGUGUAUUGGUCGCGUUUUGAAUGCUUUAAUUACAACAAUGGGUCCUGAGCUUCAAGGAAAUGUUGGUGGCGUUGCAAAAAUGCGCAGAUCGUUUAUUUGUGCAGCUUACAUUAUGCAGGGACAUUCAGAUCCCUUGGUACAAGCUGAAGCUACUGGUUGUUUACAACAAGUACAUUUAUUUGCUCCAGGUAGCAUUAGUCUACCCACUUUAGUACCCACACUUGUUAAGAAUUUAUCUAGCAAUUAUUUGACGCAACGAAAAGCAGCUGUUUCAUGUCUUCGUCAACUGGCUCACCGUGAAGCUAAAGAGGUUUGCGAUCUAGCAUUAUCGAUUAAACCCGAUGACUGUCCCAAACUAGUUGUUACUGAAUUUGGUCUUCCUGGCAUUCUAUUUGCCAUGUUGGAUUCUGAAACUGACAUAGAAAUGCUUAAAAAUAUACAUGACACUUUAAUGUCCAUGCUGCAGUUGAUGGCUGCAGAAAGCUUAAGCACCUGGUUGAGUCUAUGCAAAAAUGUUUUAACGGUUGCCGUAGAAAAUUCUCCUCUACCAGAUGAUGUUGCUUUAACCUCCAAAAGCGAUGCUGCGAAGACGGGCUCGGCGGCAAGCGCAACAGCAUCCCAUAAUUUGGCCAAUAAUGAUGAGGAUGAUGAUGAUGAAGAAGAUGAUGCUGAUGAUGUUACCGAAUAUCAUGCCACAGAGAACUCUUCCACCCAUCCAGCCAUUCAACCGCGCUGGACAACCCGUGUAUUUGCCGCCCAAUCUGUAAGAAAAAUUAUGUCGGCUUGUGAAUCCGACACUCCCAUACAUUUCGACUUGCUGCAGGCCAAAGAAAUGCAAAUGACUAAGUCUAGUGGCGACUAUCUCAUACUCCAUCUCUCAGAGCUUAUACGUAUGUCAUUUAUUGCUGCUACUUCGGACUCAGAUCAGCUACGUUUAGAAGGCUUAAGAACUUUACAAGAAAUAAUCGAUCGCUUCGCAAAUGUGCCAGAACCCGAAUUUCCAGGACAUUUGUUAUUGGAACAAUUUCAGGCUCAGGUGGGCGCUGCUUUAAGGCCAGCUUUUGCUCCAGAUACUCCUUCACAUGUUACGGCUGCUGCCUGUGAAGUUUGUUCAGCUUGGAUUGGUUCCGGUGUGGCUCGUGAUCUAAAUGAUUUACGUCGUGUGCAUCAGUUAUUAGUAUCGUCUUUAAACAAACUACAUACGAAAACAAAUAGCACCCAAUUAUUCAACGAAUCUAUGACCACUCUAGAGAAGCUGAGUAUAUUAAAGGCUUGGGCUGAAGUUUAUAUUGUUGCCAUGAUAACUAACAAUACUGCACCGGCUUCAUUGUUAAGAAAACAACUGACCGCCUCUAAUUUGAUACCAUCACUUACUGCGGCAAUGGAAAUGGAUGACGACGAAACAACUGGAGCUGACUAUGGCAAUGAUAGAAAUUGCGAAAGUCUUUUGUCAUUGGUUAAGCCGGAAUUAGAUAACCUCUCCACUCACUGGUUAGCAGCUAUGAAGGAUCAUGCUUUACUGUUAUUGCCAGCCGAAUUCCAAAGUCAAUUGCCGCACGAUGGGGGCGCUUUCUAUACUCCCGACACUAUUAACUCUUCAAAACCACAUUAUUUAGCUUCAUGGCCUCCCAUUUUAUAUGCUGCUUCUUUGUGGCUCAAGGAUGAGGGCUUCCAAUUACAUCUGGAAUCUUCAAGUCAAACAGAUGCUGAAGCAAAUAAUCUGGAUAAUACCUCUUUGGAAGCUAAUAACAAUAUUUCACAUGGCUCACUAUCGGCUGAUCGUUUCCAUAUGAUUUUUGGUCUGUGUAUGGAAGCCUUGUGUAGCGCCAGAACAUCAGAAAAACCCAAAAAUGUGAUAAGUUGUUUACAGUCUAUGUACACGAUUUUCGACUCAAAGUGGGCGCGUCAACAGUUGGUUAAAGAUAAGGUCUUAACAAUUGAGUUGUGCAAUGUUUUGCAUCGACAAAUAUUGACCAGUGAUGACUUGUUUGUUCAGCUACUGUGCAUAGAAAUACUUAAACAAUCUGUUCAAGCUUCCAAAGAACAACUUACAGAAUUACGUGAUGAGUAUUUGGAGAAAAAUAAAAAUAUAGAAAAUGCUGAUAAUAUUUCAUUGCAAGAGCAAAUCGAUCAAAUGGGUGAGGGUGGUGAUUCAGGAGAAAUAACUCCAGGCUCAUCGCAUAUUUACGCCAUAUUGGAGGUGUGUUUAUGUUUAUUUGUACGUCAAAUUCCCACCAUGAAUCCCGGGGCUGCUAAUACCGUACAAUUCCGUCAAGAUUUGAUAGCCAAAACGGCUUUAUCUUCGCAAUCAUUCUUUAAUAAGCUAGCAGAGGAUAAUGGCAGAUUAGUGGCCAGUGCUUUGGAAUGCGUAGAGGAAUUAACUACUCUGUGUUCCCCCAAAGGCGCAUUGGCUAUUUUACCUACCAUUCUAUAUAUGACAACUUCCAUUAUAAAGGAAAUAGCUAAUAAAUCCUUCAUUGACUCGACUAUUUUGGCCAAUACGGUGGCCAUACAAGCAGCUUUACAUGCUCUUGAAUCUAUAUGCAAAGAUAAAUGGUCUAAACAUCCUUCGGUAGCUAGCGAAUGGCAAGAGCUGCUACAAAGCUCUUUGGCUACUAUAGUGGAUCUAACGAAAACGGCAGGCAACAAUGAGGAGAGGAAAAUGGAUGAAGUAACUAUGCUGAGAGCUAUAGCUGUCUUUAUACUACACACUCCUCCCACAGUAGUGUCAACACCAUCCUUACAAUAUCCCUGUAUAAAUCACUUCCGUCAAUAUUUGCAAUCCGACAAUAUGUCCGUCAAACUCAAGUGUAUACAAACGGCUCGUUUGAUAUUUUCACAAUCGGAAUUAAAGGUAUCGACACCUUAUAUACAUGCAUUGGCACCGCGUAUUAUUGAGGGUCUAUAUAUGGAAAGCGCUAAGCAGCCGCGCACCGAUUUAGAAUUGCAAAUUGUUUUGGAAAGCAUUGUGACUGUAGAAGCUCUAAUUGAAUUAGCUGAACCACAAAAUCGAAAUCUUAUGCAAGGCAUACAAAUGUUAACACUACUGGUACCAGUGCUAAUAAACUAUUUGGCCGAUCCUUCGAAAUUGCGUAAUCUACCUAAAUAUCAGCGUCAAUUACACGAACAGGCAUUACAAUGGCUUAUGAAAAUCGGUCCUAAAUAUCCACAGGAAUUCAAGUCUUUGAUGGGUCAAUCUCCAGAAUUACGUCAGAAAUUGGAAGCGGCAGUGCGUUGUCAGCAACAAUCGGUCGCUAUAGCUAAUCGUGUGCAAACGGCCCAGUCUCGCAGUGGUCUCGAUAAACAACAGAAACCCACUAUAAAACUGAAAACUGAUUUUAGUAAUUUCCAAUAAAUUUUCAAAAAAAAUUUCAAACUUUGCAUGGCGAGGUUUUGAUAAAAAAUUUUAAUUAGCAUUGUUUAAAUACAUACAUAAUUUACUAAAACUAACAAUAAGUAUAGAAUAAUAUAAUAUAAUAAUUACAUAAAUACACAUCUCUAUAUACAUAAAAUAUAAAUAAAUACUACAUAGUGUAUUUAUAUACAUAUAAUCGUCUUGUUGUUUUUGCUUACAAUAAGAACUAUGUAAAACGGCUAUUUAUUAUAUAUUUUUUAUUUGUUUUAAUUUGCAACUACAACUAAAUACUGAAAUCUUAUUGUAUUCAGUUUUUAGUAAACUUUUAAAGAAAUCAAUUAUGUAUGAAGUGUAUCGCGUAUCUAUUAUAACAACUGUUACAUGUUAAAUAAUCUACUUAUAAAAAUAUAAAAAGAUUUUGUCAUUAACCAA